AGCAAGCAAGCAAGCAAACUGGUUUGGUUUUGUGGGGCUUGCACCACUGCAUCGCUCCAUCGGCGAGGCAGUCCAAUUUAUGCAUUACGGCUAUGUAGGCACUACACGAUAUCAAAACUCUCUGCGCCCGGGCCUUACAACUCCAUUUACCAUCUCCGUUACAAUAUUAUCAGAAUUUCGCAAGUGCCUACAAGAACUAAAUUUGCUGUAACCAACGUCCACAUUUGGGUACAUACCAUCAUCCACUUUGUGUUUAGUCGGUUACUACACGCACGUUCGUUCAUUCGCGCGGUGAAACAAAGGAGUCCAAGUGUGUUAAACGAUAUAAUAUAUAUAUUUCGUGAAACGCGUCGCGAUUGUGGUGUUUGAUAAUUAUGAAUUUCAUACCUCGCAAAAGAUCGUGACUGUUUUUGUGUUCGUCUGUUUCUCUAAUUUGGUGCUUCGCUUUACGCAUUUUGCAAAAUUUAGUUAUUGUGAAGAGUUUCAAUCCCGUCAACAGGUACACAUCAUUUUAAUUCUAUGGCCGAAGGAAAUGGGGAAAUAAAAAUGGAAGAGAAGCAGUCGAAGGAGGAAAUGGAAUAUACAGAACGGACAGAAGAUUAUACAAAACUAAUCCAAUAUGGAUUAGAUGAAAAAGUGGCUGCCAAACUCGAUGAAAUUUACAAGACAGGAAAACUGGCACAUGUGGAUUUGGAUGAAAGGGCAUUGGAUGCAUUGAAGGAAUUUCCAGUUGAAGGAGCUUUAAAUGUACUCACACAAUUCCUUGAAUCGAAUUUAGAACAUGUGUCUAACAAAUCAGCAUUUCUUUGUGGCGUAAUGAAAACAUAUAGGCAAAAAAGUCGUGCUGGUCAAGGUACUGGUACAAGUACAACAUCUAAAGCACCUGAUGAGGAUAAAAUCAAGAUGAUACUUGAAAGAACUGGUUAUCCAUUGGAUGUAACAACAGGACAAAGAAAAUAUGGCGGACCGCCACCAAAUUGGGAGGGCCCGACUCCAGGAACUGGUUGUGAAGUGUUUUGUGGUAAAAUCCCAAAAGAUAUGUAUGAAGAUGAAUUAAUACCAUUGUUCGAAAAAUGUGGGAAAAUUUGGGAUUUGAGACUGAUGAUGGAUCCUAUGUCAGGUUGCAACAGGGGAUACGCAUUUAUCACUUUCACUAACAGGGAUGCUGCUCAAUUGGCUGUCCGUGAGCUCGAUAAUCACGAAAUAAAACCCGGCAAGAAUCUGAAAGUAAACAUUAGCGUUCCUAAUCUACGACUUUUCGUGGGGAACAUACCAAAGUCAAAAGGCAAAGAGGAGAUCCUGGAGGAAUUUGGUAAAUUAACAGCGGGCCUGACCGAGGUGAUUAUCUACAGUUCACCAGAUGACAAAAAGAAGAACAGAGGUUUCUGCUUUCUAGAAUAUGAAUCUCAUAAAGCAGCCUCAUUAGCUAAACGAAGACUAAGCACUGGUCGCAUCAAGGUCUGGGGCUGUGAUAUCAUAGUUGAUUGGGCUGAUCCACAGGAAGAGCCUGAUGAAUUAACAAUGUCCAAAGUUCGAGUGUUAUAUGUAAAAAAUUUAACGCAAGAUUGUUCAGAAGAAAAGUUAAAAGAAUGUUUCGAGCAAUAUGGAAAAAUUGAAAGAGUUAAGAAAAUUAAGGACUACGCUUUUGUGCAUUUUGAAGACAGGGAUAAUGCUGUAAAGGCAAUGAACGAGUUAAAUGGUAUAGAAAUUGGUGGUUCGCGUAUAGAAAUUUCACUAGCUAAGCCUCCAUCUGAUAAAAAGAAGAAAGAAGAAAUUCUUCGAGCAAGGGAAAGAAGAAUGAUGCAAUCAUUGCAAAGUCGUGGCGGAGGGUCUCCAUCCCAUCCAGGCAUGAUGGGAGGCCCAAUGCCAGUUCGUGGUCCUGGACAAGGUCCUAGAGGCACUGGUGCAGGUAUGCGUGGACAAAUGGGACGAGGCGAUUAUGCUCUCAAGGAAAUAGAUUAUGAUUACGACUAUUACGGUUAUGGGGAUUAUCGAGGUGGCUACAGUGAUCCAUAUUACGAUGACUAUUUUCGAUACGAAGAUUGCUAUUUCGAUUAUGCGCCGCCUCCGCCACCUGCCAGAGGGAGAGGCAGGCAGCCUCAACCGGCUGGGCGUGGGCGUGGAGUAGUGCCACGUGGCCGAAUCGGUGGCCCGCAAACCCGUGGGCCGGUCAGGGGGGGACGCAACCCCGCAGCUACAGGGGCCCGUGGGGUCCAGCGGCUGGCCGCUCGUGGGGGGGUCCGCGCCAAGGGAAGUUUACCAGGUGAGGAUGCAGGUAAACGAAAAUUUGACGGGGGUCACCAGAACCAGGGGGAAUCUAAACGUCGCUUCCAGAGCAACUGGGGAAACCAACCCCUCGCCCAACAACCACUGGGCAAUGCGUACGGAUUGGCGAGUGUGAAUGGUGGCAGUGGUGGUGGUGGCGGUGACAUAGGAUUUGGAGGAAGAUCUGCAGCGCUCGGCGGCGUUUCUGGCGAUGAUCACGAAUGGUAUCAAGACUCAUAUCAAUCGUGGAGCUAACUUCUGCGUGUAUGUGAGUGAAUACACACGAACAUACGUAUAUUGAUAUAAACAAAAAAAAAGCGCGUCACAAGAGAUAUAGAAAGUGCGAAAGGGAGAGAGAGAAAGUGAGAGAGUGAGUGAGAGAGAGAAAGAGAGAGAGAGAGAAAGAGAGAAAUAGCAUGCAGGGUUAAAAAAAAAAAGAAGUAUAGAAAAAAAUGAAAAGUUAGCGCAGAAGAGAGGUUUACGACGAGAAAGAGAAAUCAAUCUGUACUAUUAAUUCUUUUUAAUCGGAAUUAUUGUAAAUGUUUUCACAAGAAAAUGAAACAAAAAAAGGGAGAAAGAGAGAAAGACAAAAAAAAAAUAUAACGGAGUUCGUGCUCUGCGCCACCACCAUCGCCCGCUGUUGUUGUGAUUAUGUACAGUGAUGUGCCACUGGGACUAAUUAUUACAUCGGAGUGACCACCCACCCACCCCGUACUAUUAUUAUAUUACGAUAAUACUAAUACUAAUAUUAAGUACCACUACUGCAUUGUCACAUUGUUUACUGCCAAGUGUUAAAGAACAGCGAUGUUGACAUUCGGAUUGUGAUGGCUCGUAUUAAUUAAGAGAACUCAUGGAAGCCUGCGGUUUUUAUUAUGCGAUGAGACUAGAUUUUUUUUGAAUCUAUGCAAUGAUGAAUGAGUAACGUGUGCGUUUUAGAUAGAGUUUAUAGUUGUGAGGAGAUUUUUGAGGAGGAGGAGGUGGAGGAGGAGGGGAGGAGAGGAAAGAAAAGAAACAAAAAAGUUCAGUGUGAAAGUAAAUAAGUGUGUAUGUAAGAGGCACAACGUGAUUGAAAAGGAAACAUAAAGCGCCAAAGGAAUGGUAAAAAAAGGAGGAAGAAUGUUUAGGGGCGUGGUUAGAUAGGAAAGGCGCGAGCCAUUAACGAGUGAAUGAGUGGGAGAGAAUGUGAUAAACGUAUGUGUGUGAAAUCUUGAACGAAUUCGCUUAUAGAGCGGGGAUUAGAAAAGAUGAUAAUAAUAAUGAAAGAAAAAGAGAAAGAGAGGCCGAAUAACAGUUGGAAGAGAAAGGGUGUCCUUUAAAAAGGAGCGUGUCUUUUUUGUGUGCGUAUGUGUGAGUGGUAGAGCGCGCCAAGCGCGCGGCUAGACCUUCUAUUGUUGGUCUAUAAAUGUGUACAGUCAGUGAAACUAUUAUUAUUAAGGGUCGGGCAAGCUUUGCGAAAGUAGAAAAAGCGAAACGUUUGUUAGCCAAUGGCUCUGCGGGUAUCUCCCAGGUUCGUUCGGUUAUGAGAUAUAGUUAUGACGAGAAAGGAAAAAAGAGAUCUAUUUGGUCAAAAGUAUUGCUCAUGAUUGAGGAAAAAAAAAGAAGAAAAAAACCCACUUGUACAGUAAAUUUUUUCAAUGGCAGUAUCGGAAGUAUAGCGAGGGUAAAACUCGGAUCUAAAUUAUAUUUGUAUUUAUUUGUUGAUGUGUUUUUUAUAAUGAAAAGAGGAAGUUAAAAAAAAUCCGUUGACGGCUAAGAAAAAAAAAAAAAAAAAAAAAGUAGGGAGAAAAAGAAAGAGAGAAAGUGGAUAAGGAAUUCUGGAAGAAACCUUUUCUAAUUUUUUAGAUAAAAAAAACAAAAAAAAAAUAAGAAGAAAAAGAAAAAAAAAAAGAUGUUAGUUCGCCCAAUUAUUUUUAUUUUAUUUUUUAUUUUUGCCAAAUGCACAGAAAAUGUUUUUAACGAUUGAUAUUGACUGGCUAGAAAUUUGAUGAUUUAUAGUUAUGAAUCGAAGUAGGAUUACAAAAUGUACGCAAAAGUUUUAAAAUGCAUGAACACAUACAGCACACGUUUUGAGUGUUGACUUGUUGUUAUUGUUAGCCUGUUAGUUAAUUAGUAAGAGUUGUAAGUGCGGGCUGUAGUUGGUCCCUGUCCCUGGAGCCCAGACACCCCCUGUUCUGGAGAUUAUUUGAAAAGGACAAAAAGAGCAUACGCAAAACAAUUUAUAUUUUACACGCACCCCCCGAACACGAAGUUAAAUAAAAGAAAGAAAUAAAGAAAUAAAGAAAUAAAAAAAGAAAAAAAGAGAGAAAGAAAGAAAGAAAAAAGGAAGGAAAAAAAAAGAAAGAAAGAAAAUUAUAAUGGACGACUGCAUAUCAAACCUCUGCUGUUUAAUUGCACACUAAUGAAACGUGGCUAUCGUAUUAUAACGUUAGCCUAAUUUGAUAUGAAAUAAUAUCAGUAGGAUGGACGAAUAAUCAUGCGAUCGAAAGAAAUCGGUUAUAAUGACGUGUAUCCGCCAUUGACUACCCGAAUAAGAUUUAUCUGAAUAUCGUGUUAUGAGAAAGCACAUGAGAUAAAUGGUCUUACACAUAACGAAAGUAUGAAACAAAUAGACGUAACCAUGGACAAAAUGUCUGGAUGAUAAUCGAUUGCUCGCAAACCCUCGUAUUUAUGAGCAUUUUGUUAAUUUUUAUUCAUGUUUUACUUAAGUCUAGUUUUUUUUUUUGUCGUCGUCGAUACCGUUUUGUUAUUGGCGAUUUAAGCAACAUCUAGUAGUAAUCAUUAACUUCUCCUCUCCAUUCUUACUUCCUGUCCCCAAUUCACGAUCAUUGUUUAAAAAAGAAAAAAGAAAAAAAAAAAAAGAAAAAAAAACUACCAAUCCCAAGAUCAAAAAUAUUACAUUAAUAACCAUUGCCAUCUUUCAUUCCUCCUGUCCCCCUUUUUACUCAUUAUCCAAUUACCGUAUUUUAUAUCUACCUACCUAUUCUACUUACCUACACACAUCCUAUUUAUAAAAGCAUAAUAUCGAGGAUAUAAUACUAUUAAUAUUAACAAUAUAAUAAGGAUGAUAUUGCUAAUCAUACUGAGUGGGUUUUUGUGACAUGAUAAUAUUUCAAUAUAAAAAAAAAAAAAAAAAAAAAAAAAAAAAACAAAAAAAAAAAAGUAAUUCUGGUUUCUCCGAAAUUGUAAGUAAAGGAUGAUGGUAUAAAAGCAAGGAAAAAAAAUAUAUUGUAGAAUGGCAAAGAUAGAGAGUUUCGGCUUGCGGGGGCAAGGAAGCUUAACUGGCAAAAGCGGAGGCAGUUCACGGUGACGAGACUUUAGACUGAUCUAGGUACUAGCGUUACGAUAUUGGCCCCGCCCCGGCUUAUAAGGCGCCCCAAAAGUAUCACUCACCUCCUCUUUUAUACUCUUACCGGUGUGGCAGCUGGGGUGCCUGGGGGGUUGUCGGUCGCAUUUAGGAUAAUGCACCACUGUGGCUGGCGAUGCUAUGGCCACACACGCGCCCUUUUACCCGGCCAAUGCCCUAAUUCGCGGUUUACACAUCCUUGGGAAACUUGACUCUUUUUGGUUGGCCCGUAUCAGGCGGAUGUUGUGUGAUUUUUGGGUCGAUCAAUUUAUGUUAAUUACGACCCAAAGACGUGUUUUUUAAUUAUAUAUAAAUAUAUUAUAUAUUAUAUUCCUGCGAAUAUGCAUUUUGUGACGUGAUGUUAUUUAGCAGUAAUAAGAAAAGGAAAAAAAAAUAUGAUGAAACAAGGGAAAAAGAAAAAAGAAAACAUCUAAAAAAAAAAAAACAAACAGAACGAACGAACGAACGAACAUGUUAUGUUUCGCGCCACAUGUCAGCUCCACGGCUAUAUCAAAAAUCGAAUAGACCAGAAAUUUUUACAACCAAAAAUUCUUAUCUCAUUACUGGAUCAUGUUGUUCAAAUUUAUAUAUAUAUAUAUAUUUAUAUAUAUAUAUAUAUUUAUAUAUAUAUAUAUAAAUUUCUUUUUUUUUCUAAGUUAUCCAUCUACCAAUUGCUUUGCUUUUUUUUUUUAAUUUCCCGCAAUUUAAAAGUUGCCUCUAAUUUUAGUGUGACGUAGUUAAACAUAAUGAUUAAUAACGAAUUUAAAAAACAAUGUUAAAAUGGUUCCUUUUUUCGGGCUAGGAGCUUGAUUUAAAGUGUCAAAGAUUUUUGUGUAUGACCAGAUGUAUUCUACAUGUCUCAAUAAACAGUUGUAUGUGAAUUACCUUUCAUAA